GUGAUUGGCUGCGAGUUUUUUGUUUGUAACAUUGUUUUAAAUUUAAGUCUGAGUCGGAGAUGUUUAAAGAAAGAAGAAAGGAGUUUGGAGAUCGUUUUAGUGAGAGUUGAAGCCAUGGAGAGUUGGGAGAAGGAUGGAGAACAUCCGUGAGACUUAACGGCGAGCGAAUGUGCAACUGAAUUUCUACAAUUCCGAGGAAAGACUGCUCGAACUCUGGAGAGAACCCACGUGUGGGAUCGACUCGUUUCUCAAAGGAUUGUCUCCAACGUUGGAAUCUCCAAGUUCUUCCUCACCAUUUAUCUGCAGAAGCCGGACCGCAGUAUAAUGGCUUCAGGGCUAUCAGAUGUGGCAGCAAACCAGGAGCCAACAGGCACUCCAGAUGAAUGCCCAGGAAAGAAAAGGUCAAAAUUCCAGGCAUUUAAGAAGUUAUUUGCCAAGAACAAACAAAAUGAGGCUCCCUCACCCACCGGGGUUACUGUUCUGAAGUCCAGUCAGUCCACAGAUGAUGUCAUCACCCCUGAGCCCUUGCUGGUCCAGUCCAACACUGACCAUGACUCAGCGUCUAAGGUUAACAUGGGAACCAAGGCCUUGUCACGUGACAGUGUCUUCGUUUCUGAGUCGCCUUCAUCUGAACCCAACGAUGGCUUGAUCUCCUCACAGGAGAACAUUCAUGGGGAAGUCAAGUCUCUGCAGGUACUUUAUCUUCCACAAAUCCAGGAUGACUUUGCUGAGAGUUUACGUGGGUUUCUGCAACUGAAGCAGGCCAUCUGUGUGGGGCCCCACCCAGCCGUCAUCUGCCCAAAGAAAGGGGAUGACACAGGGGCCUUGUCAGAGGAUGAUGGCCUGCCUCACAGUCCUCCAGAGAUCUACACCCUCCACACAGUGCUAGCAGGGUCAUCCCACAGGUCCUCAAACCCUAUCCAAAGAACCAGUUCAUUGAGUCUUGAGGGAUCGGACACUGACAAUGACCAGUUGUACUGUGACGCCUCUUCCAGGCCAGCCACCCCUCUCAUGUCCCUCCCAGUGGACUUCAGCCAGCCCGCCAGUCCAGCUGGUUGUUUAGAUAGUUCAGCUGCCCACCACCGUAUUGCCAUCAAGCACAAGGCCUUCGCUAAACGGAAGCCUGCCAGGAGGAAGAUGUCAGAUGGCAGUAAAUCAAUGGUUUUGGGUGAAGCGCUGGGGCUAAAUGAAGAACUGAGCGUAGGCAGCACAGAGCCAGAUGCAGAAGAACAGGGAUGCAAAGCUGUGCCGGUGGAGCAGAUGCAUACAGGUGAAGACAGUUUUGAGGAUCAGGGAGAAAGGACAGAAGCCCAGCAUCUCUCAAGGUUCCAGCAGACAGGAGAGGAUCCUGGAAUUGUGGUCCAGCUCUUUCUGAGAGAGGGGGAACAGAGUGCUGUACAGGAUCUCUCUGAUAUGGGAUCCCAGCACAUGGGUAUGUCUCAUUCCAUCACCAAGUGCAAACUGGACACAGAGGAAAUCCUCCCAGCUUUGGUCCAGGAGUUCCAGCAGCCCCUUCAGACAUGGGGUGAGGUGAACGAUGGGGAACCUGGUCCAUUGCCUCUGGAGAUGCCCAGUUCUAUGGAGUGUACCCCCACCCUCCUGCCUGCCUCAGAGCCUGAGGGCGAGGUCCCAGAGACACAGCAGGGGUGCAGAUUGGAGGUCAGUUUAGGUGAGGGUCAAGCUACCCCAGACGUUCCCCAUGUUGAGGAACUCUCGUCACCUGGCCGUGAAGGAGUCAGCCCAGAACAAAAUGAAGAGGGGCGUGAGAAAUUGGGAAGGUGUGAUGGGGAAAAGGAAUUUGCCAGCCACACUGGAGAUCAAACUCACUGUUUGCCUGAGGAGGGGAAAGAGGAGAAGGAGGAAGGAGAACAGCAGUGUUUGUCUGAGAAGGAGGAGGAGGAGGAAGGGGAAGAGCAGUGUUUGUCUCAGAGGGAGGAGGAGCUUGAGGAUGACUGCAUGAAAGCAGAGGUGGAGGUGGCCACACACGUCUAUUGGCAGGAUUCCCCAAGGCAGGAGAAGGAGAAGGAGGCUGUCCAGGACUCUGCAGAUGAAGCAGGCUUGCUGUCCAACACCUAUUCCAAGUGUGGUAGCAAUACAAGCUUGGAAUGCACCAUGGAGUUCUCUUGGUCUGUCCAAGCCGUGGAAGGGGGCAAAUGUACUCCUGAGCCACCAAUCAUGAGCUCACUCAACUCAGACUCUGUCCUGCCAUGCCUAGAAGAAACCAGUUCAACCACAGCAAACAUUUCUUUGAGGGUUGACUCAGAACCCAGCACAGAGAAACAUGAUCUCUCACAAGCCUCAGAUGAUCUUAGGAAACCACAAGCCUGUCCAGGGAGCAAAGCACACUUCACUAUCGCCCCUGCCUGGCAGAGAUUACUACCGACAGGCAGCUCCAAAGAGCUGUUUUUCACUGCCCUUGUGGAACCUGAGGCAUUCGAGGAUUCGCCACAUGGUGCAAGAGACCCUCACCACAAGAUGAUGGACCAGAAUGAGGGACUCUUGCACCCUCAGGAGGCAGAUGCCCUGUCUUGGCCUGAUAAGGCCCAAAGUGCAGCACUCCUCUCUACACCUCGAGGCCACUCACCUGAAGAGGUGGCUAGUGCAGAGAAUCCGUUUGGGGUCAAGCUAAGGGGGACCUCAGCUUUGCUCCGCUACAGCGCUUCUGGCUCAUCGGUGGUCCUGGAAAACGCUACACCAAAAGAACCGUUCAACCCACCACAAUUACCCGUAUUUCAGCUUCGCAACACCAAAUCCUCCCCUCUCAAUAAGGUGGACGACACCACUGCCAAAGUCAAAAAGACACCAGAGCUGGGGCUUGAUGCACCUGAAAGAAAGGUGGCUUCAGCAAGCUGGAUCUUUGCCGCCAGGCAGAAGCAGAAAGUCUUCAAAAACAGCUUGCAGGAAGAGACGCCUACGAGACAAUCCCCUUUAGAGAUUGAACCAAAGAGGAAAAUAUUGUUGCCAAUAUCGCUAAAUCAGACCAACGCAGAACAGCCAGAGCCUUCAAGUUCACCAUUAACAGCAAUAUCCUGCUCCCGAGAGAUCUCCAGACCUGCAACUGUGGAAGAGGGGAAGAGUGCCCUGUCUCACUCCCACCCCCCCUCUCCUCUGGGCCAGGAGGAGCCUCCCUGGCUGGCACAGGCCAAGAAGAAGGCCAAAGCUUGGAGCGAGAUGCCCCAGACAGUGCAGUAAUCAAAGAGUUCCUGAAGAUCCAGAACAUUCCCCCAUCCCCAAAAAGACACAAGUACAUUUGCGUUUGAACAGUUUGAACAAAAAAAUUGUUUUCUUAUCAAGACGUUUACAGCUUUUCUACUUUGGCUUUUAUUACGGUUUAUGAGGGUUUCAGGGUGGUCAGCAUGUCUGUGCUUGUAUGCAUGUACAUGUAUAUGUAUACAGCCUUUAGAUUUAUUUUGGGGAUAAAACUGAUUGAAAGACCUAUUUUAUGCAUUCUAUGGCUUGUGUUGGCCCUUGUAAUUUGUAAGUGAAGAGACUGAGGUGGUAUAUAACAUGUGAAGCUUAAAAUAAUGAAAUCAAUAUUGUACACUGUGAAAGGUCUUUGGGUUGUUUCCUCCAAAUAGAAACAUGUCUGAAUAAAAAGAUUCCAUGGUCCCAAGUGGUUAAAAUGGAAGGUAAGAAUUUUAGCGUUGUGUCAAACUUCCCUCACUCUGGGUUGUAUGUCGCUAAUAUAUAGAAACUGCACUAGAAGAAAAUGAACAAAUAUUCAGCGCAAAUUCAGUAUAAUUAAAUCUACCAUGGCCUCCACCUCCCUUCUGUCAUAAGUAGUAGGAUUAGUAAUGUUGUGCCUUUGGUGACAAAAUUGAUUUUUUUCCCCUGUCUUUUAUUAAUAAAGAUCGUGUUGUUUAAAACA